UAUACUGUGUAAAAUAACAUUUCAAAACAGAGUGACUCACAUGAUGAAGAAAUCAGAAGUAGUGUUUAUACCUUUUCCAGGUCCGACUCAUCUAAUUUCCACCCUCGAAUUCGCCAAGCUUUUAAUCAACCGUGAUAACCGUCUACGAAUAACUGUCUUAGUAUUCAAAUUCCCACACACACCAGAUACUGAUAUCCACACUAAAUCCCUUCCAAUCUCUGAUUCUCUCCACCUCAUCAACCUUCCAGAAUGUUCUAUUCCACCAACCACCGAUCCAAUUUCCACAAUGACCGCUCUCCUCGAAUCUCAAAAACUAAACGUCAAACAAGCUGUCACUAACAUCAUAACCAGAGAAGGAAACCUCACUGCCUUCGUUGUUGACAUGUUCUGCACAACGAUGAUCGACAUUGCCAAAGAACUUUCUAUUCCUUCCUUCGUUUUCUUCACUUCUGGUAUUGCUUUUCUUGGUUUGACACUUCAUCUUCACACUCUUCGCGAACGAGACAACAUCGAUUCGACUCAGUUGCAGCAAAUGAACGAGUUAACUAUCCCGACUUUCGCCACCUCGGUUCCUAUUAAAUCGUUGCCCAGUUCUGAGAUACGAAAGGAAUGGGAAUCGUUUGUCACAAGCUUUUCAAAAGGCCUCCGCAAAGCCGAUGGUAUUAUAGUAAAUUCGUUUGAAGAGCUAGAAUCCUAUGCAGUUCAAGCAUUUUUAAAUGAUCGUGAUCUAGCUUCUCUACCCAUAUAUCCAGUGGGACCCAUAUUAAACCCUGAGUCCGAAACAAAGAGCACCGUUGAUUUUGAUGAUGUCAUCAAGUGGCUUGAUGAUCAAACUCCUUCUUCGGUAGUUUUCCUCUGCUUCGGGAGCAGGGGUUCUUUCGAUGAGGAUCAGGUUAUGGAAAUCGCGCAUGCUAUUGAGAAUAGUGGCGCCCACUUUUUGUGGUCUUUGCGUAAACCUCCACCAAAGGGUGUCAGGGCUGCGCCCACAGAUUACCCUCUUUCUGAAUUAAAAUCAAUUUUACCUGAAGGUUUUUUAGAUCGGACGACUAAGAUUGGAAGGGUAAUUGGAUGGGCUCCACAAGCCGAAGUAUUAGCCCAUCCAGCCACAGGAGGCUUCGUUUCGCAUUGUGGGUGGAAUUCCAUACUGGAGAGUAUAUAUUUUGGUGUGCCAAUUGCCACGUGGCCGUUGUUUGCUGAACAACAAACAAAUGCUUUUGAAUUGGUGUGUGAGUUGAAGAUGGGUGUGGAGAUUGCAUUGGAUUAUAGGGUGGAGCUUGACGGUGGAGCUAACUAUAUUGUAACUGCCGAUAAAAUUGAGAGAGGAAUAAAGAGUGUAUUGGAAGAUGGAGAGAUAAGAAAGAAAGUGAAAGAGAUGAGUAAAAAAAGUAGGAAGACUUUGUUAGAAAGCGGAUCUUCCUACACUUAUUUAGGUCGUUUGAUUGAUUUGAUUAUAGUAUGAAUCAAAUAUGGUAUUAAAUUAAGCAUCCUAGUACCCUCAAUAAAUUAUUUUGGAGAGUACUAGUUUGAUUUUCAACACAAAUCAAUCCAGUAAUAUAUAGUUAUUGUAGCUAUCUAUAUGCAUGAAACAUGUUUGUAGUUUUGAGUUUGAACAUCAACAACAAUCGACCUUUUGAGUUUGACAUUAAGAAUAUAAUUGUCAACAAUGAUUGACCUUCUAAGAA